CAGCCCUUGUCCCUGAUCGCUUCGGAACGGGGGAGGCCACGCCUCUCCUCGCAGGUGGAGGGGCGUGUGGGUGGAGAGGAGCUUCUGUCUCCCGAUUCUCACGGUAAAAUAAUGGAUGAGGUCGUCGCUGGGGUCAUUCCGGGGCAUGAUGGAGGUUUACUAGAGCAAGAUGAGUAUCGAAGGGGACUGACCCAUGAAGACAUGCAGCUUCCCACUCAGUCAGAUGGAGGGAGGGGAGCAGGACCGGAAAAAACGCUGCUGUUGCCACGUAAAGAGGAAUACCCGGAUGCGAGCCAUCACCAUAGCGAAGGGAUGAAGAUAAAGAAUGGAGGUGAGGAAGAAGAGGAGCAGCAGCAGCACAUGCAGGUUGUGGUGAAGAGUGAGCCACUGAGUUCACCUGAGGCUGUUGAUGAGACUAGCGAUGUUACGUCUCAGGCAGAAGGGAGUGACCAGGUGGAGCCAGUUGGAGAAAAGCUGGAGCUGAGUCCAGAGGGCAGUGAGCGCAGCUACUCCGAUCCCCAGCCCAGCUCUGAGCUGCUGAUUAAAGGAAACAAAGGCUUAGGAGCAGCAGGAGGAAGAGGAGAGGAGCUCUCCUGCAGUGACGCUCUGGAGUCCUCCUCCGGAUUGCAUAUCUCCAGUUUCCUCAGCGCAAAGGCCUUUGCUGGCAGAGGGGCAUCAUCUAAUCUUGCUAAUAGUGUUGACAAUAUUCCCAACACUACAACCGGAGAGUUUCAAGCAGACCACGAUCCUGCUCGCUUCUUCCUCCCAACCGAUUCCAUCAACACUUCAUCUUCCUCUCUGCAGCUCCUUCCGAGCGAUGCACAGAUCUGCUCUGACCUGCAGCCAGAGUCACUUCUUCUGCGGCCACUGUAUGAUGGAAUAGCAUCAUCCUCUUCAUUAGCAACGUCCCGUGGUGGAUCGGUGGACCAGCUCGCGCUUGAGUUCCAGCGAAACAUUUUGGGAUUACAGGCCUUCCCUCGUUCAUCCAGGGGUGGCGCCGGAGGGUGCCAAGCAUACCGGCGCAUCGCUCCCAAAGGUGCUUCAACACUUACAGACAGCCCUCAGCAAUUUGAUGCUGCCUCCUCGUCCUCUUCCUCCUCAAUGCUUCUCAAUGGAGUAAACUUUGAGGGUUCCGUCACCGUAGGUCAAAACGGCGGCAGCUCAAACUUGAACACGCUCCCCCAGUUGACAAGAGCCUCUGCAGAUGUUCUGUCGAAAUGUAAAAAGGCACUUUCCGAGCACAACGUGCUAGUGGUUGAAGGCGCCAGGAAGUACGCCUGCAAGAUCUGCUGUAAGACAUUCCUCACUCUGACGGACUGCAAGAAACACAUCCGAGUUCAUACGGGAGAGCGCCCGUACGCCUGUCUGAAAUGC